AUGAACAACAUCUUAGGGAGAUUUAACAAUUUACGAAUAACUUCAAGAAGUUGUAGAAGAUUUUCACUAUCAGCUACGCACAAUAAAGAUUAUUCAUGUAAAUUACUAGUUGUUGGCGGUGGCUCAGGUGGCUGCACAAUAGCUGCUAAAUUUGCUAAAAGACUUAAGAAAGAUUCUGUUAUUGUCCUGGAACCUAGUUCAAAACACUACUACCAGCCGCUGUUCACGUUGGUUGGUGCCGGUGUUAAACCGGUCUCGGUGACAUGUAGACCGGAGGGCAGCGUGCUGCCCUCAGCCGCCACCUGGGUCCAGGACUCUGCGGAGAGCAUAGACGCGGAUGCGUGCCGCGUGAGGACCGCAAGGGGUGACGUCAUCAAUUACGAAUACAUAGUCGUCGCGGUCGGCCUGAACAACGACUAUUGCCAGGUGCCCGGAUUGAGCGAGGCGUUAGAGGACGAGGACAGCGGCGUCUCCACGAUAUACGACCCCGCCUACUGCGAGAAGACCUGGCGCGAUCUGCGGCGGUUCCGAGGUGGCGACGCCAUCUUCACAUACCCCAAUUCCCCGAUCAAGUGUCCCGGCGCGCCUCAGAAGAUCGCCUACCUCGCGGACUCCUAUUUCACGAAGGCCAACGUCCGGUCGAAUGCGAACAUCGUUUACAACACUUGCCUGCCAGUGAUAUUCGGCGUGAAGAAAUACGCGGACGCCCUCCUCAAGGUCGUCGAGAAGAAGAACAUCAAGGUCAACUACACCACCGUACUGAAGGAGGUCCGCCACGAGAAGAAGGAAGCGGUGUUCUACAGCACCGUCGACCCUAGUAAGGAGUUCACUACGCCGUACAGCCUGCUGCACGUGACGCCGCCCAUGCGAACGCCAGAGUUCCUCCGCCAAAGCCCAAAUAUAACGGACGAGGCGGGCUACCUCACCGUCGACAAGUACACUCUGCAGCACACCAAAUAUCCGAACAUGUACGGGCUGGGCGACUGUAUCAACACGCCCAACAGCAAGACCGCCGCGGCCGUUGCGAAGCAAGGGUACGUUCUGGAGCAGAACCUGCUUCGUAGCAUGCAGAGCGCCUCGCCUACGGAGCGCUACAACGGCUACGGCGCCUGCCCGCUGGUCACGUCCUACAACACCUGCAUCAUCGCCGAGUUCCUCUACGACGGCGUGCCAAGGGAGACCAUGCCGAUUAAUCAGGCGCGAGAGAGCAUUUUGGCGUACUACAUGAAGAGAGAUCUCUUCCCCUUCUUGUACUGGAACUUUAUGCUGAAAGGGAACUACAACGGGCCUGAGUUUGUAAGAAGAAUUAUCAAUCCAUUCGCCAAACAUUACUAUGAUCUAGGACCUAGCACGCGCAGCCGCAAAUGUAAAGUAUUGGUUCUUGGAGCCGGAGCAGGAGGUUGCAGCAUCGCAUGGAGACUGUCAAAAACAAUACGGGGCAAGGACAUUAUUGUAUUGGAACCGUCGGACGUACACUAUUAUCAACCUAUGUUUUCGCUGGUCGCAGCAGGAAUUAAUAAAUUUCCACAAAGCCAUAAAGGGGUGUGGAAUGUUUUGCCACAAGAUGUCGUAUGGCUGAACGACUACGCGGAUGAAAUCGAUCCCUACAAAAAUGUGGUGCAUACGAGACAAUUCCAGAAAAUUCACUACGACUUCAUGGUUGUGGCGGUUGGAUUGAAGAACGAUUACGAUAAGGUUCCCGGCCUUCUAAAUGCGCUGGACGACCCGCACAGUUGCGUCACGACUACCUACUCAUCGCAAUAUUGCGAGAAGACCUGGCGCUGCCUGCAGAGCUUCAAGGGUGGGCAGGCUCUCUUCACGUUUCCACGCCAGCCGGGCAAAUGUUCCGGGGCAGCGCUGAAAAUCAUGUUUCUGGCAGACGACUACUGGAGGAAGCAAAACUUACGCCAAUUAGCCAACAUAACAUUCAAUACCGGAGCAAAGGCUCUGUUCGGGGUGCAGAAAUAUUCGACCGCUCUGACACAAAUAGCGGCCAAGAAAAAUAUGGCUGUCAAUUGUGGUCUUGAUUUGAUUGAACUUACUCCGAGAGGGGCAAAGUUCAUUACUGAAGAUGGCCAGACAAUAACCCUUCCGUACAACUUUUUGCACGUCACACCGCCGAUGUCGCCGCCCACUUGCCUCGCGAAAUGCGAGGAACUGGUGACGGGGGACGGUUUUCUGGACGUGGACAAACACACUUUACAGCACAAGAGGUUCCCCAAUGUAUACGGCAUCGGAGACUGCACGAGCACGCCGAACAGCAAAACUGCCGCCGCUGUCGCUCGCCAAAGCUACGUUGUCGAACGCAACCUCAUGAAGACCAUGGAGGGGCAUGUACCCAUCGUCAAGUACGAAGGCUACGGCGCCUGUCCCGUGUUGACGUCCUACACAACUGGGAUACUAGCCGAAUCCGUUUACGAUAAGCGGCCCAGCGAAACCUUCCCUUUUGAUCAGAGCAAGGAACGAAGAUUGCUUGGAUAUCUGACCAAAAACUAUUUACCGUAUUUAUAUUGGAACAAAUUGAUAAAAGGAAAAUGGAACGGGCCUCUAACUCUACGCAAAUUCGUCAACCCCUUCGAAAGA